AUGUCGAAGGCUUUCAUUGGAAAACCCGCACCAGACUUCGCCACAAAGGCAGUUUACAAUGGCGAUUUCAUCGACGUGAAACUAUCUGACUACAAAGGCAAAUAUACAGUGCUCUUCUUCUACCCGCUAGAUUUCACCUUCGUCUGCCCCACGGAAAUCAUUGCGUUUUCCGACCGUGUCGAGGAGUUCAAGAAAAUUGAUGCUGCAGUUCUCGCUUGUUCGACUGAUUCCGUUUUUUCUCACCUGGCGUGGAUCAAUACUCCUCGCAAACACGGUGGACUCGGUGACAUGAAAAUUCCUGUUCUCGCUGACACAAAUCACCAAAUUUCGAAAGAUUAUGGUGUCCUCAAGGAUGACGAAGGAAUUGCCUACAGAGGCGCGGCAGCAUAUAUCUCGAGGCGGCUUUUCAUUAUUGAUCCUAAGGGAAUUCUGCGACAGAUAACUAUCAACGACCUUCCCGUAGGGCGCUCUGUUGAUGAGACACUUCGUCUUGUGCAGGCCUUCCAAUAUGUUGAUAAGCACGGUGAAGUUUGCCCUGCUGGUUGGACCCCUGGUAAAGAAACUAUCAAGCCUAGAGUCAAGGAAAGCCAAGAGUACUUCAGUAAAGCAAACUGA